CACAGCACAAAAGAAAUAAAAACUACGCCGUUAUAUAUUAUGGGUUGUUGCAUCUCCGCCACCGCCACGGCCACUGCCACCACCGACAAGAAAAAUGAGCCUGUCUCUGGAAAGAAAACAGCACUGCCUCCAGUAGCCGUUGUCGAGGAAGAGACAGUAGUCAAAGAAGUCUUGUCCGAAACCACAUUGGUAACUUCACUAAACGACAAUUCGGCAAUGGAAACGACAACGAACAAGGUUCCAGAAGAGGAGGAGGAGGAGGAGAAGAAACCCGGAGCUGUCGAUGCUUCUCCAGACCCGGUUUUAACCGAGAACGGUUCGGUUGAACCGGGGAAAGGAUCGGAGGUCUCAGAAAUCUGCAGUUUGAGCGAGAGCUUGCUUUCUAUCGUGAGUGGGUACGAGGAGGAAGAAGUGAAACAGAUGAAACCGCAGGGAGUGAGACAGAGGUCUCCGGCGAAAUAUCGGGACCGGGUCAUGGCUAAUAAUUACCCGACCCGGAGAAGCGAUAUGUCUCCACGUAAAAGAAACACCGAAGGAGGAGAAGGAGCUGGCUCGGUGAGGCUGGUGCCAUCGGGUGCGGGUCAGAGAGACCCGACUGAGAGGUCCGAGAGGAGAAGGUCCAGGUCGCCGGCAGUCAACAGGCCCGUCAUGGUGGGGCCGAGUCGGAAUCAUUAUGCAAGUACGGACAAUGGUGGUGUAAUGAUGAAAAAAGGUCAGUCUCCGGGCCGGGUGAGACCUUAUCCGAAUAAAAACGGGUCGGAGCAAGACUGUCAUCGUCAGUGGCCGAGUCAGAAUGAUAAUUCUACCUCUAAUGAUUCGUUUGAAAACCCUCUUGUAUCCUUAGAGUGUUUCAUUUUUCUAUGAGAUUUUAUUAUUAUGAAGAAGAAUAUCCCGGGGAAUAAUACUCGAAUUAUAUAUCGUCGGAUUUUAAUCAAAUAACUUGUGUAGCUUUGUAUUGGAUCUAUUCUCAGUAUUCAUAAGUUUGGCAAUUUCAAGAUUUGUUUGGUUGUGUCGAAUAUA